AUGAGCCUCCCUGACAACGGUAACGAAGCCCUGCACGCCCUGACGCCAGGCACAAACGCACCCGCCGCAUCAGCGGCGUCAAACACCAACGUUCCCCUGCUUCUAUCCACACCGUCAUCUUCUGCCAACGUUCCAAUCGACCCCCAGCUUCUUCACAUUGACUUCUUUCCUGCUCGGAAGCCCGAUGGCAGCCUCGUUGCCAAAGAAGCGUACAAAGCCCAUCUUUUCACCAUCAGAAAGAGAGAGCCCUUGCGGGCGGCAUGCUCUCACUUCGGGAUUCGCUUUGCAACACGAGCCAAUCUUGACUUUCUGCGGAACACCCUUGUCCGCCACUGGUAUCCUGCACGAGCAACUCCAAACCCCUUGCCCAAUCACGCUGUGGCUGGUCCAUUGAAAACGCUUUCCAUUGUCAUCCCGCCACGCCUAGCUCACUCUUUAGGCCAAUCAAGUAGUCAAACUGAUCAAGAACUUGUUGAAGCCGAUUUCGAUGUCGACGAUGAUACAUUGACGAAGCAGUAUGAUGUGGGUGAGGGGGUUGCAGAAGCCGUAUUUGGUGCCCUCAACACAGGUGGCCUCGAAGAGGAGGGUGAGGAUGAGGAGUUGGAGGACAUGGACCUGGACGAUGAUGUUUCAGACAAGUUUACUGCCUUGCAGAUUUUUCAGAAAGAAGCACUCGCAGCAGGAAAACUCCGUGAUGACAUAGUCGACGAGCAUGCCCUUCUCCUUUUCAUUGACUUCUGCGCCAGACGUUGCAAGCGAGAUCGUCGAGGAGAGUACAUACUUAAUACUCGCAUUGGUGCCUCACAAAUCAAGAAAGAGUUCUUCGGUGCCCUACGUAUCCGAAAGGUGCAAGAUGCUCGGGAUCCAACUUUGACUAUCAAGCGGCCUGCCACGACUGUCCAUGUUUACGAUGCGGUCAAGACUCGCAUGGAUGAGGCCCUACAAAAAGCACGCGAGGGGCUCAUUCCGGCUGAGGAUGCCCCAGACAUCAUCACCAACACGUUUCUCGCCCAGCUGUCAGACGAAACUCUCACACGAAUUUGGUAUGGUUUUCUGGAGCAUAGAGAGUUCAAGCCAACUAUCAAUGGACACCUCACGUGGACAAUGAUGAAUGCAAGUGGUAACCACAGAGACGACAUCCGGGCACUGCGGCUGUGUGAAAUGCAACCAUACCAAUUCUUGCAUCCUAACGGUGAAACAACUAUCCCCACUGUCCUCGGUUUGCAGUCAGACAUGGAACAGAAAGCUCGGUCCAAAGGAAUGAAGACAACGAUAAACCCGACUUAUACAUGUUUCAUCGCACAUAGGAACCCGGAAAUGUGUCCGUUGGGAGCAUUCGCCUUGUACCUACACUAUGUCCACGAUGUAGCCAACAUAGAUAGUAAAUAUAAUGUUGACUACGCUGUGAACAAGUCAUGGCGCAAUCUUCGGUUGAUUCACGGUUCAUCGGCCACUGUCCCGUAUCAUGAGACUGCACUCCAGAAUCUAUUUGUCCAAUCUUAUCGGAAGGCUGGCGUCGAAUCAAAUUUAAAAGCUCACCUUGCUCGCCAUAUGCUGGGAUACCACCAAGAGAAGAUGGGCCCGCCAUGGACCCAGGUUGAUGUGCCCAAGUUGUUCCUAGAACUAGUGUGUCCAAUGGCAGAGAAAAACGUUGAAUUGGUGAAAGGCCUCAAAGAUCGAGUCGGUGCCACAAACUAUUGGGAAAUGGUUGUCUGGCUUUGUCCAUUUCUGUUCCAGGCUUCUGCGGCCAUAUACCAAGUUCGACCGAAUUCCAAACUGUUCCGACUUCCCGCACUAGCCCGAGAUGAUGUCCGUCUUUGGAUGCAAAGCACCUUCCCAGUCCAUCUCGCUGCCAUCAACUCAAGCGCCGUUAGCCCAGUAUGUCUUGAGCGCCUUCAAAACGAAAUCAUGCGCAAGUCCUUGGAGCAACUCCGGCAAGAAAGCGUUAUGCAGAAAGAGCUCUUGCACAGCAACACAGCGCAAAUCGAAAAGCUCGCGCAAAUCGUGCAGCGCCGCACAUCACAAUGGACACCAGCUAAAGCUAUUUCGUAUGAAACGACAUGCCCUUCAUCAAGUGCUGUUGCCAGCAUCUCUCGGCAGCUUGAAUUCCCAUCGGACUCAACUGUGCCAAUUUUAACGGCGGCUAAUCUUGGUGCCCCAGCAGUCAUUGGUCCGGAAACUCGAGCAGCGGAAGACAUGGGUGUUUACCUUGCAAGUGACAACAGUCUCCAUGGGUUCAUUGUGCCGUUGCCUCAUUCAACAACUUCUCCACGUCCACGAACGGAGGUUGACCUUGUCCUUCCACCCCUCAUCACAUUUUGCAAACCUGGCGACGAUCUCCUCUUGGAACACCCAAUUCUCGGGCAAGGAUCUGUACACUGGAACGAUGUUUUCGCACAAGUUAAGCAACCUGGACCACUUUGGGACACGUGGAAGCCAUCAAAGACUCUCGAUCAGAUGUUGAUUCAGGACAUCUGGGAUUGCUACAACGUCGGCGAGGGCGUCGAGGAGAAUGGAGUGCAAACUGGGGUCAAACCCCCACUUCGGUUAGGACUGGUGGCUACCACUUUUAUGAUUAAUCUAUGA